AUGGAGGUGCUCCUGCUCCUCUUGGCAGCCCUGCUGCUUUACCGGUACAAUGCCACCUUCCGCUACUUCUGCAAGGUGGCCUUCUUCAACUUCUGGCUCGUGGCCGCAGCCACCCUCCUGUCCCCCUUUGCGGCUCUUCGGGGACGCUCCGUGGAGAACAUGAAGCUCCUGUGUGCUGCGAUCCGGCCCCUCAAACACUUCUAUGGCAUCAAGAUGCAGGUGUGGGGCUCCGAGCAUCUGAACAUCAAGGAGCCCUAUGUGAUAGUUUGCAACCACCAAGCUUCUCUUGACCUCCUGGGCAUGGUGGAGUUCAUUCCCGACCGCUGUGUGCCCAUUGCCAAGAAGGAGCUCAUGUACAUGGGCACCGUGGGGUGGGCCUGCUGGCUCACUGGCAUCAUCUUCAUCGACCGCCACAAAAGAGAAGACGCAAUCGAUGUCAUCUCCCAGACAGCCAGGACCAUACGACGUGAAAAUCUCCGAGUGUUGAUUUUCCCUGAAGGCACCAGGAACCAGAACAAAUCCAUGCUGCCCUUCAAGCGUGGGGCUUUCCACUUGGCUGUGCAGGCUCAGGUUCCCAUUUUCCCCAUUGUGAUUUCCCCAUACUGGAACUUCUUCAGCUCCAAGGAUAAGAAGUUCACCUCUGGGACGUGCACCAUCCGAAUCCUCCCCAAGGUAGAAACGCAGGGCCUGAGCCCAAAGGAUGUCCCUGAACUGACAGAGACUGUCCGCCAGUCCAUGGCUGAUGCCUUUGCCCAGAUGUCUGCAAAUCACAACAGGAACCAGCGCGCUGAGCAGCCUCUGCUCCCGCACUGCGCUGGGGCCGGGGCUGGCAGGGGGACGGGCAGCCUGUCGUGUGAGGGGGACACAACUGGGAACAGCAAUUAG